CCCGAGUGAAACAAAAAAGUGACCAGACAGCCAUUAGCAAAUGGGGGGAUUUUGUAAGGCAAAUCCAGCUUUAAUUUUUUUUUACAUUUUUUGCUGCGGCUGCUCAUGUCAUAUGCACACACUCUUUCUAUUUUUAUUUACCCCAUUAGCACCGUGCGGUGCCUUUCUGUCUGGGUAUAGCUUUUUAAUUGAUAUGUAUUUUAAUGUGUUGGGUGUGUUGUGUUGUGUUGGGUGUGUUGUAGAAUGUAUGCUCUACCAGCCCACAUAGACGAUAUGCGCCGCAUGCAGCUAUAAAGCGCGCGCAGCUACCGAGAAGUGACGGCGUUGAGAUGAGCGUCAGAGUAAUUCCUUUGUCUACGUGCGAAAAUGACUCUGAUAUGAUCACAGGAAAUAUAAGUACAGGACCUUCAGAAACACGGUAUUCGCACGAGCCGCACAAAGCUUCAAAUAUUCGAACGCGGCCGCCCGCCCCAAAUUUAUACGUCGUGUGCAGCGUGCAGCCCCCGCGCUUGCUAUGGGAUAGUAUGCAUCAAAAGCAGGUGAUCGUUGCUAGAUACAAUCUCUCAGAAAAGCCGCAUCGGCAGUGUCUCCCCCAAAAAAACCAGCGCAUGAGCAAAACAGGACGUGACACUGGCAUGCCUUCAUC